AUGGCCGAAGUCUUCUCUUUGAUCGUGGAGGUUAACGAUGCCAAUGAUGCUUGUUUGGAAGGCUGGGGAGGCUUUCGCGGGCUGAAGCACCGCAAGCCGUUAUUUGAGGAGCUGCUUGUAGAGGGCUUCGAGGCCAUUUUGAUGCUCUUGAGCAGCAGCUUCACUUGCGGCAAAAUCCUAGUGCAAAGCCACAUGUUGCUUCAACGCAUGUCCGGCUGUGAUGUCUUGCAGUUUCCAGAGAUUUUGAGACUACACUUGCGCGCGUGGAGGCUGGGAGGGACAUUUCAGCAAACCUUGCUGGAGCGGGUGGCCUUGAGUGACUACGGUUCUGGCUUUAGGCUUUUCCAUGCAAAGGGAGAGGUUGGCGUGUGCUCGGGACUCGCCGGGACAACCUGUGCGGAGGAGGUGACAGGAAUCACUGUGCCAGCCAAGUCUGCGAACUUGGCUUUCGCUUGGGCGAGCCGACCGUGUCCCCAAAGCGAUCUUGCCUCGCUUGGUCUCGCCUCAGCGGCCUUGCUGCCUUUGCGCUUCGUGGUCCUUGAUGGUUUGACCGAUGCGGCGAAUGUUGGGACCAUUGUGACGCUUAGUUGCAACAAUGGAACCUUUGGCCAAGAUUGGCCAAGUGGCUUGACAUUUCAUGACUUGCAGCUGCAGGAGGAGCAAGUGGCGAUGCUUGAUGAGCUGAAGCAGGCCAAGGUCAUGACCAUGGCCGCCAUCGUGCAGGAUGCCAAAUUUCUCGACGAGGUGCCCAUUUUGCCUCAGCGCUGGGCAUUGGUUCUGGGCUCCGAGCACUAUGGUGUGAGCGCCGCUGUCCGUGCAGUUUGUGACCUUCCUUUGAAGGUGCGCAUGGCUGAUGGGGUUGACUCUUUGAAUGUCGGCACCUGA